CUGUAGUUCAUCGCACUGCUUCGUCGACCUCGACUACCGUAUCUUCCUGUCUCCUGCUUCGACACCGACCGUCUCCGCCCAACAUGUCGCACAGCCUCCGUAAUCGGCGCAUGUCCGAAUUCGCAAACCCAAAGAACGUCACCCUCACAUCGACCACUUUCAACCUCGACGAACUCGCCGCUCAACUCCCCCAAUCUACCCAAUCACAACUGCAAUCACAGCUCGGAGGAGGAUCUUUGUCACAGGUACAUCAGACGAGUAGCAAGCCGGGAGUCAAGAGGCAACAGACGUAUGUGAGGACGACGGAUGCGGUCAGGGAAAAGGAGAAGAAGAAGGGGGAGAGCAAGAAGAGCAAGGUCGGGGAGAAGAUCAAGAAGAGGUUGUCCAUGAGAUACGCCGAACCAUCGCCAUCGAUCCCCGCUCCUCCGAUCCCUACCCUCCGCAUAGAUCCAUCCUCCAUCUCCAACCCGACCGACCCUAACGAUCCUACUUCCACAACAACCCCAAUCGCAUUCGGAAACUAUUCUUUCCCUCACUCCCAUUCACACCUGCCUUCUAACCCUCGUGAUGGCUUGGCUAUGCAGGAAGGCACGAGCAGGGAGGAAGAAAUGGUCAAACCCCGUGGAAGUGCGGUACGGUCUUCAGGGGAUGGUGGCUAUAGCGAAGGAGGUAGCGGUGUCGGAGAGAGGCAGGGUGCGAGGUGGGAUCUGGAUGGGUUAAAGGAGGAUAAAGUGGAAGUCAAUACCUUCAUCAAAAAGACCCUAGCUGGUGCGGAAGAGGACGAAGUGGCCGAUUUCAAGCAGGCUCUUGCUAGGCGGAAAGAAUCGAAUGCACAAGAGCUUAAAGGUAACGUCUUUAAGAACUACGCACAUUUCGUGACUAUCGCCAAGGAGAUCGGCUUGCUCGAGAACGACAUGCUCGAACUGAAAGAGAUGCUCACCGAGUGGAAACGCGCGCCGAGUCUAUUGGGCGCGGGUACGGGCACUGGGGACGAUGCUUUUGGGGGGUACGAGGUGGGCAAGUCGUCGGGGAACGUCUUGGAGAGGAGAAAGACGGUCAGGAACUCGGUCCUCGACCUAGAAAACCUGUACAAGAACCAGAUCCAAGCUCUCUGGACCCAAAUCUCCGGGUCGCAAAAGUUCCUUCCCUACGUCCCCGGUCGACACCUCAUCUGCGAAGCGAGCAACUUUGUCGAACUCAACUCGGCGACCUACAAGGCUAAACAGACGGUGGAGCUCUUCCUGCUGAACGACCUCUUAUUGGUUGCUGUGAGAAAGAGGAAACGGAAUGAAGGGCCCACGGGGAAGGACAAGGCUCAGGGAAAGGAAGAGGACAAGGUCAAGGGGAGGUUGGUAGCCGAGAGGUGCUGGAACUUGAACGAGGUUGUGGUUGUCGAUGUCAAGGAUAGCGGAGAUCUGACCAAUGCUAUCAAGAUUCGACGUGGUAAAGAGAGCUUGGUCUACCGCACCAACUAUCCUGACGACAAGCGGGUCUUGCUUGGUGCGUUCCGCAAGGUGGCGGAAGAUCUCGCUGCCAAGAAACGAAAGGAGAGCGAGCGCGAGCAGGAGCGGAGGAAGAGCAUGUGGGCCGGUGAUAUGACGAACAUGAAAUCCGGGGAUGUACCGCCUCUUCCGGGCAUGAGAUCUUCGGUUGUGGAAACGGACGAGGCCGACUUGGAUUGGCUGGCGACUUUCGAGGACGAUUUGACGAUGGCCAUCGCCGUGCGAGAUUGGGAGCAGGCGGUGAGAUUGGUGAAAAAAGGAAAGGAGCACCUGGCCCGACAAGCUAAACGCGAGUCGCCAGAUCACACCUUGGCAUCCCGCUUGAACAGACUCGAAAAAGAACUCGUCGAUCAGGUCGCUUAUGACCUGUCGUACCCGGACAUCAAGCGAUCCUCCUGUGUCACUUGCGUUGGUCAUCUGGUCGAUCUCGGCCAGGCACAACUCGCAAGCCAAAAGUUUUUGGCCGCCAGGCAUGAACUGUUACAACAGCGAAGUCGGAUGAUAUCAUACCUCGGGGACGUUCCGGCGUAUAUCAGCGAGCUGGGUGUCGUCAUGUUCACAAUACUAAAGCACACGGCGGAUUGGUACUUGACGGCGUUCCGGGAAAACCGGAUGAUUUCAAGUCUGGUUCAAUGGGCGGAGGUCCAGGUAUAUCAGUUUGCCGAAACUUUCCGGCGCCAGGUUUACGGUCCCACAUCCGACCCCGUAGUUAUCGAAGAGUCGCUGCGCAUCACCGCACACCACAAUCGAAAGCUACUACGCGACUCUGGCUUGGACUUUACUUUCCUGUUAGCCACGCUUCUUCAGCCCAACUGGAACGAGGCGGAUGUCAAGCCUAACCCAAUCAUCGCGGAAACCGAGGUCCAGAAGAGCGAGAGACCGCCAAACCCGCGUCAAGAAACGAUGGAAAGGAUCGCAAAGGCAGCCGUGCCUGCGCCGUCACAGCCUAUCGACCCAUCAGCAUAUUCGUCCGCACCUGCUCCUGCUAUUCCGCGUCCACCACCUCGAAGCGAACGGCGGGCCAGAGCACCACCCAAGACGGAGGGGCGAAUCUGAGUGACCAAGGCGUUUGUCGCUUACGAUACCACGAAUGUACCAUUAUAGAAGGGGGGAAAGACCGCCGAGCGGCUAGGA